AGAGAGAGAGAGAGAGAGACGGGAUAUAGGACGGGCAUCACACGGAGGUUUGGCUGCAGACUGGUCGGGAUCCCUUUCGCCGCCCUCGGUCGCUUCAAGACGCAUCAGGUCCAGAAGAGAGUCACUGAGGACUGAACGGGAAACAGUGAGAAGGAUCGAGACACCCGGAGAUCCCAGGCUUGGUGGCUACAUGCGCAGUUCUCUUUGGUUUUGAGAAGAACACACACGGGUCAGCAGGAACCAUGGAUUUUGUAAUGAAACAAGCUUUAGGUGGGGCCACCAAAGAUAUGGGUAAGAUGCUGGGUGGGGAGGAGGAGAAGGACCCGGAUGCAGCCAAGAAAGAGGAGGAGCGGCAGGAGGCACUGAGGCAGCAAGAGGAGGAGAGGAAGGCCAAACAUGCCCGCAUGGAGGCAGAGAGGGAAAAAGUACGGCAGACCAUCAGGGACAAGUAUGGGCUGAAGAAGAAGGAGGAGAAAGAGGCGGAGGAGAAAGCGGCUAUGGAGCAAGCCUGCGAGGGGUCACUGACACGCCCGAAGAAGGCGAUCCCACGGGGCUGUGGAGACGACGACGAAGAGGACGAGGAGAGCAUCCUCGACACUGUCCUCAAGUUUCUGCCAGGACCUCUACAGGACAUGUUCAAGAAGUAAAACAAAAAGCAAAACAAAUCAAACGAACCCUAAAUUCAGGGUCCAGUCUGGCCUGGGCUAGGCUGCGGGGCAAAGGGAGGCGGGGAUGUUUGCAUUGGGGACUUUAAGGGUUGAGAGAACUUGAAGAGUUGAAAGUUUGGGGGAGAUGAGAGACUGGAGAGAUUGGUUUGGGUAUUUGUAUGCAGGCAGGGUUUGAGUGUGGAUCUCGGGUGUGUGGAAGUUGUUGGGAGCAUUACGGAUUCGGGAGGGGGGGUUCUUGCCAAACUGUUAGAGGCUACACACUGCCUUUCUAGAAAUCUUUUACUUUGUUCUUUUCUACUCCUCGACGAUUGCGUCAUUCUUCCCCUUUUUAUUUGCCACAGUUGCUGUACAACCUUUCAACUGCCACUUAGCACAUUUCUUACAAUUAGUAAGUUUUUCCUGUUGUUAUUUUUACACAGAUUAAGAUCAGACAUUUUGAUUUGGUUGGUCAUCAUCUGUGGCCAGGCGAUGGUGACCAAUGGAGAGCAGUAUUCCCUUAGAAGGACCGUGGACGCUUUUGUCCUCUUGCUUGUGUGGUUUUUUCAAAUGGCACUGCCACCAUGUUUUCCAGUAGAUGGAGCAUGUUGUGUUUAUUUAAAUGGGUGUUUUCUACUUUUAUGAACCUGGUGUAGGUCUUUAUAUUGAAGAAAAAACAAAAUCAGCAUUUGAGUUUUUAGGACAUGUGCCUUCAUAUCAUCUCCUCCAGCAGAGGAAUUGUAAAUGAGGGUUUCAUUUUCAGUCAAACAGGUGUACAGUUGUUGGUAGCAUGUAGGCACGCGUUCAAGGAUACAACAUCGAACACUUUUGGAAUAAUGUAUUUGAUAUGAAGUUGGCUUGUUGGAAUAUUUUGGGGUUUCCAGACACCACUGUUCAAACUAGGCACUUCUGGAAAUCCAAGACCAAGUUUCCAAGGCCGAACAGUUUACAAAACUAUUAAAACUAAUGUUACUUUUAGAGAAGCUAAAGUUUCUAAGCCUGUCAGCUAGUUAGACUGCCAUUAUGCUAGUAAAAUACAAAAUCUUGAACCUGUAGUUAACCUCAAAAUAUACUUUUUUCAAUCACAAGAUUUCGGAAUAUACCAUAUUUAGCUCAAGGUUUCGCCCAUAUAAGGGAGCGAGACUCGUUUUACCUUGUUUGAAUCCCAUUUCCAAAAACUCCAGAGUUUUUAGAUAGUGUGGUCCCUGUAGACAAUCAAAGCAUUGAACACUUGGAAACAGUGAGGGUAGCCGGUACUGUACAUGUUGUCAUUUCCUGUCUCAUGCUUGGUUUAAAGUGGGUUCUAUAUUAAGCACUAGAUUAAAUGAUUGCUAUUAAGUGGCUCUUAAUUUAAACUAUUCUUAUUUUCUUUUUUUUUCUUCUUCACACAUGAAUGCAAAUGCCAGGCAAUGUCUGUUUUUAUUAUUUUUUUUACUUACUUUAAAUUAUUACUCUUUGUGAAUGUGCUGCCAAGUUUAUUUUAAUGCAACAGAAAUUGUGAUUUAAUCCACAUUCCAGCUGAGCUAACCUUUCCCUUCAUCUUUUAAAUGCAUAAGUUGACCUUGAUCGAAAAAGCUCAUCAACAUCAAGACCAAAGAAAUACUGGUGAGACCUUACUAUUUCUUUCGUCACAGCUGAAACGAAGACCUGCAUGCCUGACUUGGCUUUUAUUGUACGUGCAAAGCCUGCAGGAGAAACACACAGCGGCCUGUUCAGCGUGUGCAUGCAUCCCAAAGACCACCACCAAACUAAAAUGAUACUCUCCUAUUUCCUCAAAAGUAUUCCAUGGCUAAACAAAACUAGAUAUGUUAACUGUAGACUGAGCCUGAGAAAACUGGCCUGCGAGUUGUCGCAAUUCACUGCGUGAAGAGCUCACUUAGAGUCGAGUAUAUUCUGCAUCCUGCAUCUCUUAAUCCAACGAAAUAUCAUAGUGAUUUGUCAUAUAGCAUUUACGUAGAUGUACUGUAAAUGGAAACGAUCUCUACUUAGUGAAACCACCUUAAUAUAUGGACAUUUAUCAGUAAAACAAAGCAUGUUGGUUAUUCCUUAAUGAUGCGGUGGUUUUUCAGUGGUUAGUUAUACGACGGUGUAUGAUUAAUACAUUGUUCCGUGAGUUUGUAAGUUAAAAUAUUAAGGAUUAAUAAGACUAUUGAUGAAGUUGUCAUAAGCACUAUAAAGGCAUUUUCUUUUCUUUUGUUCAUUUUCUAGCUCAGAUAGGACUUUUCACUAGACGAAGCCAUAUUGUUUAGAUUGCAAUAAUUACUUAAAAUGAUAAAAAGAGAAUAUUUCAUUGAAAGUUAGCGUCUCAUGUUUGUUUUCUGUAAAAUUAGAAGAAAAGAUAUUUGCAUAUCCGUUUGUAGAUCCUCACCAUUCUUGUAACUUUAAAGAUGUAUACUAAUGUAUACGCAAAGAAAAUGUAUGUAGAAAAAAGAAGCCAUUGUUAUAACUGUCUCAGUGUACUACAUGUGUACUGUAAGUGUGUGUGUGUUUAUAUGUGUGUGUCUUUCUACAUGUCUGUGAUGUGAGACCAUGUUGUUGAUUCAUAUAGUCCUGGUUUAUACUACAUUAAUGUGUCUUUGAACUAUUUUGUGCACAGGCGGUAGCUGGGGCGACUCCCUAGUUGUGCCACGUCUAAAAAAAGAAAUAAUACUUAACACAUUCCUUUCAAAAUGUUGAGCAUGCAAAUGUUUGGUAGAGAAGAGAAUACACCAAAUGUCAAAAGACAAAAAAAAAAGGCUAUUAGACUAUUUCCUGUUUCUGAAAGAGUCUCCAGGCAACAGAAUCCAUGCAUUGGAUCCAGAAAGAUCAGCUGCGCGAUGGGCUUGUUGAGUGUUUGAUGUUCUUUGUUGUCUGAGGUUUGAUGAAGCUUCAGGCUGUGAUCACACAGGAGCUUUGGAGCUCAUAUGUGAGCAUCGCUAACAAAGAAAAACGCCAAGCUGUGUCCCGGUUCUGUAUUUUAAGUUUGUAGUUUGUAGUGUACUCAAAUUUCAAAAUCAGUUUGCAGUAUAAAGCUCAGAACUAUGAACCUUUGGAGAAUUCCACAUGGACAAGGGUCGAAAUUAAGUUCCCUGGGCGAUAUUUUAUCCCCCAAAAGUCCCUGCUCAGGAGGAACUCUAGCACUGUACAUUUCUGGUUGGUUGAGUACCCACAGCCAACGUUUUGAAAAUUCUUCAGCUGCAAGCCAGUUGGUUUUGUUCAUUGGGCUCUGACACAUCAACAAGGAGUUAAGUAAUAAUGACGCCUGUCCGUCACUUUAUAUGGCGUCAUUGUUAUUGUCCGUAGACGGGUAACGGGCUGAAGGAACCUUUUAGUUCGUUACUACUAAGUACUUUGGGUACAAAUGUGGCUUUGUAAGAAAAGCACUCUGCUUUCUUGUUAAGUUUUCUAAAUGAAAACUGGCAUUGGUGUUGAAAAGUCAGACUUUGGUUUAUGGCUGGUGGAACACAAAACAUUUAGGUUAAAUUUGAGAACAGAUAGAUAAAUAAAUAUUGUAUACGUUAGAAUGGGGCACAGCUUUUGAUUGCUGGGUACAAUUUAACAAGAAAUACAAGCUUGUUACUCAGUCAUCGUAAUAUUUGGUUUGCAUAUUUUGCAUGAGCACUAACUCCAGUUUGGACACUUUGAAGUGUCAAACAUGCAACUGAGACUCUGGCAGCCACACAUUGGUUCAAACUAAUUAAUGAUUCGAAUCAGUUGAUUCUCCAACAAACUUGUUAACAGGGCUAGAAUUCACCCUCUGUGAUCUCAGCCUGAAAACAUCAACUCUGAGAUGAGUUAAAGGCUUUUAAAAAGACAAUGGGAGACGUGCAAUUAAAAAAAAAAGAAGAAUAGAUACUGUAACUAAAAUAUUAGCUUUUUUUUAUACUAGAUGUAUUAUAGUACUAAAAACUCAAUUUUGAUUUCAGUGUAAAAAUCAUGCAAAUUGUCAUGUCUCUAUAUGAGAGACCAACCUGCAGAGAGAUUUAUUUUAAUGCAGUCGCUUUGCUCAUCCUCAUGAACAAACCACCCGUGUCGGAAUAACGCAUGACGUCCGUCACAUAAAUUUAAAUUAUUGCAGUGCAGAAGCUGUUUUUUAGCGCAGUGUGCUUUGUUUGAGUCGUUCCAGAUGAAUCACCUUGAUUUGUUUCCUGCAUUAACGCAGGGAUUCCCCACAAUUCCAGGUUACAUGCCAGUUUCACCUACAGCACGUGGAUUAAGUUUAUUCAAGCCUUGUAUCUCCCAGGUGGUAUAAACUGGGACAUAAAUCCAUGACUAGGCUUAAUUCAUGGGCCCUUCAUGGAAACUACAGCCAUACAUCCUCUGUAUGUAAAAUAGUCUCUCAGCGGGACUCGUCUCGAGGCGUCACAGCAUGUGAACUGCCUUUUUAAAAGGGCUAUUACCAUGUCAUCUGUAUGUGAGGUUAGUGCUAACUCAUCUGUCGCAUCUGUGCUUGUCCUGGCGUGAAGUGUCGUUUUAAUACAUUCUGGUUGCAUGAGAUACUUCAGUGUGGAAAAUUGUGUUUGUGGAGCCGCUGUGGCUUUUCAGUUUAGAUAAACACCUGGGUCGGUAGAUAAUAGAGUAAAAGCAACGAGUUGUCACCUCUAAGUAGAGGGUUAUAAACAAUAAGUAUUAUUUUAGAUGGAAUAUAUGGACUGUAUAUUUUGCUAACACAGAAGCAGACGUGGGUGAAUGUGAGAGAUGAAAACCGCAAGUGUAGAUUUUGACACGAAAGGCCACAAAGACAUUUAACAACUACAUCAAAUCCCGACUUCUCUAAAAGCAUCUUCCGUUGAUGGGAUACUUUGAGGGGAGACUCAAUCUAAAGAGAUUGCAACUGAAAAACUGGAUUAUCAAAGCAUCUUCUGUUGUCAGGAGCCCGGAAACAUACAGAGAACUGAGAAACAGGCUAAGCUUGGAACUGCCAUUCGAAACCACAGUCCCUUUCCUUAAGUUUGGUGAUAUUUCUCAUUACAAUCUAUCAACACAAAAUAAUGUAUACUGGCAGUGUGCAUUCGACAUGCCAUAAAUGUUUACUUCUUAGAUUUAACUUUAAAAAAUGCAACGAGCGACUGAAAUGGAGAGAACAUUUUAGAAUAAAAGAAAAUCUUUCCUUUAAACUUGAUCGUUCAUCCAACUCCAAACAAGGCUGGACUUUUUUUCUACACUCUGUAAUGAUGUCAUAACAUUUGUGUUUUUUUGUAACAUUUUUACGUAUACACUUACGAAUAUUAUUGUAACUGCCCUGCUGAUUCCUGCCAGUAAAGUGAAAGCGAACGCUCGGCGAAUGCCGUUCACGUUAAGAAGCUCGUCUUAUCGCCACGUUUACUUUCCCUCCAGUGGAAGUCGAGAUUUUGGUGAGCACAGCUGUUACUGUGAAGAGUAACUCUCUGAAUACAUUCCAGUCUUUUUUGGCAUUUGCACUAGAAUACGUUGAAAUGUUACAUUAACAACGGUUAUGGCAUCUAAAAAGUCAACACUACUAACUACCUGUAUUUCCUUUUUUACGUUUGCCUGCCCUCUAAAUGGUAAAGUUGAAAGGUAAAAAAAAAGACCACCACCGUAGUGACCGGGGUUAAACACCUGGCAGCAAUCCCUUUAAUUUGGCCAUUUGCGUCAAUCGACACAAUUGGCGACGUUCACAGGUUUGCUGAUGAUGUGACCUUCUUCAGGCAACUGGAGACCCCAUGUGAACAGGCUGGAAGUGACUAAAUGGUAAAGAGUGGAAA